CCUAGUUUAGUACGCGGUUGCCAGUGAGCGAUCGAUGGGACGAGUCGGCGUUGACGGCGGUGAGGUUAGAAUACGUAUUAUUCCGCCAAAAAUGAAUUCUGGCGUAGCCGAACACGCGCGACUCAACAAGGAGCCUUGCCUGCGGAAAUCCAAAGAAUUUUCACCGCCUGAGAGCAAACGAUUACAUUUGGAUGAUGGUUGCAAUAACAAUUUAAAUAGUACAUUGAACAAUGAGUCUCAAAAUACACGCUGGUCUUAUUCUGGAGAUGUCAGUCUUUUAGAACCUGAAGUUCUAAAAGAUAUGGGCGUUGGCUUAUUAGAGGAAAAUAUAAUAAAUUGUGGAAGUACAAAAAAAUUACAAUCUGAUGAAUGCACCGUUUUGUCAGCGUGUUUAGAUAAUAAACAAAGAUUAUUGGCGAAUAGAGUUGGUAGCUUUGAAUUCGAGCAGGAGAUUUCUACAAGUUCUAGUUCUGAAAUUAAUGCAGAAAGAAUACAGCAAGAUUUGGAUGAUUUAGAGGAUUUGGCUGGGUUUAGCAAUACAGAGAAUGAAUCUGGUUAUUCUUCAAGAAUGGAAGCUGAACAAUUUGGAGAUUUGAAGGAAAAUUUGGCUAAAGAAAAGAUAGAUUCCCUCGGCAAAAAUAUGCAAGAACGUUUAGAGCAGUUUUAUUUAUAUAAAAGGAAAAAAAAGUCUGUAGGUGAAGGUGAAAAUAAGUUCAACAAGUUGUCGGAUGAAAUCAUUUUGAUGAUAUUAAAAUGGUUACCUAAGAAGUCUCUGGUACGUUGUAUGUUAGUAUGUAAACGUUGGAAUCGGAUAGCUCGCGAUGAAGUAUUAUGGACUAGACUAGAUUUGGGUGGUAAAGUGUUAGGCGAAGGUACAUUAGGGCACAUAUUACCACGAGGAGUACAAAUUCUAAGACUGGCGCAAGCAGAAAUUGCGGACCCCGUUUUCUGUCACGGCAGUACAGUCCUAAGCGACUCUUACAUCAGUAAAUUACAAUUUCUGGAUUUGUCUAUGGCAGUGAUAUCGCCAAACGGUUUAGCCGCGUUGUUAUCGAAAUGUAAAUAUUUGAAAAAGCUGUCGCUAGAAAAGUGUGUUAUAAAUAAAGACUGCUGUAUAGCUAUUAGCCAAAGCACAGAGCUAGAAAUCUUAAAUCUAACGAUGUGUGAAAAUAUGGAUGCCGCAUGUCUGGCGAAUAUAAUGCACCUUAAACGCUUAACUGCCCUCAAUGUAGGAUGGUGUACCUUAGAUAACGAAUGUACGACUUUACUUUGUAAAACACUGCCAGCAUCUGUUACACGCUUGAAUAUAGCGGGCUGUAGGAAAACGAUGACUGAUGAGAAUGUGAAGCAUUUGUCGAAGAGGUGUCCGAACCUCAUAGAAUUGGACUUGAGUGAUUGUGCCAUGCUUACAAUGAAUGCUGUUCAUCAUUUGUUGACUUUCUCGAAAUUGGAACAUUUAUCGCUCAAUCGUUGUUACAGUAUUCCGCACACGGCCUAUCUAAGAUUGGCUCACAUGUCAUGUUUAUUGUAUUUAGAUGUCUUUGGCUUGAUGUCGGAGCCGGUACUCAAGACGUUACAGUCUACUUGCCGUGAGCCUGAAAUUAACAAGUUCCUUUAUAGUUCAAUUGCAAGGCCAACAGUUGGUAUCCGAAGAACCAGUAUUUGGGGCCACCGAGUUAGAGAUUAAAUUUAAUAAGCAAUACUCGUCAAUUUAUACAGUAAAGCAAUAAUUCAAUAUUAAAUUUCUGGAAAAGCUUACGAGGUAUCGGACAAAAACUUACUUAUAGAUUUACCGUUGAUGAAACUGACCGGUAUCCUUCCACACAGACUGAAUAUCGACACAGUGAAAUUCAUUCGGAGAAGCGAAAUAAAUGUAAAUCGCAGUUUUUGAAGAGAUAUAUGAGUGUUUGAUACCUCAUUUGAUGCCUCGUAAGCUUUUCCAGAAAAUCAAUGUUGAAUUAUUGCUCAGAUAUUUAAAGAUCUCUGUAUAUAUGUACCAUUGCCAAAUGUGAAGCAUUUUUGUACUGAUACCAUAUAAUGUAUCGAGUUACGGCUGUGGUAGACUGCCUUAUUUACAGGUAGCUUCUGAUUAUGAUAUACAUGUACGCUUUUGUGAGCAAGCAUUGUUCUGUUGUGUAAAAUUUUUACCAAUGAAGAUCUCAGAAAACUGUGGUUGAAGAUGGAGAUAUGAAUGUGUGUAUUUUUUAUAGCAGAGAGUAAAAUUGCAAAAGUCUAAAUCAAAGUCUAAAAUAUUUUUAUAAUUGAUAUCAAUGUUAUUAAUCGUCUAACAAUUGUAAAACAACUCAAUUUGCACAUUCUAAUAAAACAAAAAUUGCUGAUCAUUAUCUGGCGCAUCAUCGUAUUAAUGCAAAACUAUUUUUUAAUUUAUAUGUACGUAAUUUGAUAGUUAUUUUAAAAAGUUGUAGGUUACAUACAUAAUUAAAAAUUACCAUUUACUUAUAGUUUUUACCGGAGUAUACAAACUCGCUCUUCUAAAACGGCAAGAAGCAAUUGUUUCAUAAGAACCCUGUUCAUUAAUUCCUUGAGGAAUUAAUUCGUCAAUAAUUCAGAUUAAUGUGCACAUGUACGUUUAUGUAUACGUUUAUACAUUGUAAUUUAGUCUUAUAAUAUUAGAAGUAAAUAACAAAUUGACUUGCAAUUAUAUCUUUUAUUAAUAACAUUUUUACAAGUAUGUCAUGCAGGAAAUAACAUGUAUCAGAAUUUAAACAAUGCAAUGCAUUACAUUUUCCAGUUCCACUUAAGCAGACUGCGCACUGUUCAAUCCGAUAUUCAAAAAUAUAAUAAACAAUUGCACUCUAAUACACA